AUGCCGGAGGGCUGCCUCCCGGGGGACUGCCGGAGGAGCCCCUCCCGAGGAAUCCGGAGGAGCUCCCUGCCGGGGAUAGCCGGAGGACUGCCUGCCGAGGAUACCGGGGGGACGCCUGCCGAGACUUCCGGGGACUGCCUCCCGGGACUUGCCGGGGGCUCCCUGCCGGGACUUCCCGGGAGGGCUCCCCUCCCGAGGAUUCCGGAGGACUCCCUGCCGGGAUAUGCCGGGGGAGCUGCCGCCGAGGUACCCGGAGGAGCUGCCUCCCGGGGGAUAUGCCGGGGGGAGCUCCCUCCGAGGAUAUGCCGAGGAGUGCCUGCCGAGGAUAUCCCGGAGGAGCUCCCUGCCGAGGACUGCCGAGGAGCUGCCUCCGGGGCAUCCCGGGAGGACUCCCCUCCGGGGAUUGCCGGAGGCCCCUCCCGAGGAUAUGCCGGAGGACCGCCUGCCGAGGAUAUGCCGGGGGCUGCCCCCGAGGCACGCCGGAGGAGCUGCCUCCCGAGGAUUUCCCGGGAAGCUGCCGCCGAGGCACCCGGAGGACUGCCCGCCGAGGACCCCCCGAGGAUCCCCUGCCGAGGACACCCCGGAGAAGUAGGGGGUGAGGGACUGUGGAGGAGCAGGUGCCCCCCCGACAGAAGGCGGGACCGUGAUCCCCGGGAGAGUGCGGGUGACGGAAGGGAAGGCCCGGGAGCACAUUCACCAGGGGAAACCCGCAGCGGCCCCGGGUAG